UCGAACGUUUUACUGUCAGUCAAUUGUGAACCUUCAAAGGGAUAACAUGGAGAAAAAAAUAGAAACAAUUGACGUAACCGAAGCAAUGAAGUCAAUAAUAUGGAACAGACUAUUACUUAAAUGCGUUGGAAUUUGGCCCCUCGAAGUUUCCAAUGCUCUAUUUAUCUUUUUUUUUAUUUAUCUUUUAUUACAUUGUUCCUUUGCAUUAGCCGAAAUGACUCAUCGUAAAUACGAUUUCAAUUAUUUCCUUGCAAUAUUUAGCGAAGUUUUAUUAAUUCUAAUGACGCUAUCGAAAAUGACUACGUGCUGGAUAAAUAGACAAGCAUUAGGACGUUUGCUCAUCGAAAUACAAAAUAAUUUUUACGUCGAUAAGUAUAAUACAUUCGAGAAAAGAUUUAUUUUCAUGAAAUAUAGCAAAUUGGCGAAAUAUUAUUUGUUGAUAGCAGUUACUUCAAUGGCUUGCGGCACUGUUUUUUAUUAUUUGAACGAAUUGAGAUUAAGCGUGAAAAUGGUGAUACCAAAUUCAUCAUUGACUUAUAAACCACCGUACAAAACAGAAACCAUUGUCGAUAUAUACGACAUUAAGAUCUAUGCUUGUUUCUGUAUUUAUCAAUUAUUCUUAUUACCGGCUAUUAUAUUAGGUUACGUUGGAUUUGAUUGUUUAUUCGCAAAUCUCGCAUUUCAUGUUGCCGCACAAUUUGGAAUUCUUUGUUCUAUGCUCAAAGAAAUUCUCGACGACUCUGAUGAUUUUCAACGUAAUAUGAAGGAACUUGUACUUCGGCAUUACAAAUUGAUAAGACAAGCAAAAACUUUGGAAGAUAAUUUUAAUACAAUAAUAUUGCAACAAUUAAUGGGUACAACAUUUCAACUUUGUGCAUCUGGUUAUCAUACACUUCUGGGCUCAGUAAGCAGUGAAAUAUUUACGGUGAUUGUAUUCAAUUUUUAUGCUACUAAUACAUUGAGUACAUUGUUUGUUUAUUGUUACAUCGGCGAGUGUCUAAUUCAGGAAAGUUCGAACCUGAGCAAUGCAUUUUAUCGUUACGAGUGGUAUAACGUGUCACCUACGAACUUAAGAAUGAUAACAAUUUGUAUGUUGCGAAUGAUGAUACCGGAGCAAUUAACAUCCGGUAAAUUUUUCGUCCUAUCAUUGGCCUCCUUUACCGACAUUCUCAAAACUACAAUGGGAUAUCUGUCUCUACUGCGAACCGUUCUUUGAAGAUUUCUUUUUAUUCUACUUUAGUCCACUUAAUAAAGAGAAUACAUUAAUUUUUUUUCUAAUAAUUAAAUGUUGAUAAUUUGCUUGAUAGAUUAUUUAAUUAAAAAAAAAAAAACAAAAUUUCACGUCUGCCACGAAAUCUAA